AUGUCAAACUCACCAGGAAGUCCAAGAAAAUUAAGAAAAAUCCCUCCUCCUUUACGUAAGCUAAGAUCUACUACAGACCUUUUCAACUUGAGAGACUAUUCCAGAACGAAACUCAGCCAACAAACUCCAAGAUCUUCUAUUUCAAUUGAGGAAACUAGUGGUAUAUCUUCAUUAUCUCUAUCUACUUUGGCUACGACCCCUACUUCUCCCAAUGACAAUCGAAACUUUCUUUCAAAGAGAAGAUCUUCCUCCAUACAAUCGUUUUCAACUCCAUCGUCUUCCGUCAAAAGUUCACGGUCACACUUUCCUCAGAGAAAAUUCAGCAGCAAUCUAAUCAAUGAGUCGUGCUGCUUUUGUGAGCUUCUUCUCUCCAUAAGGAGUACCGGAAAGAUGAGUGUCAGCUUGAGCUGUGGUCACUAUUGCCAUUACGAUUGCAUCUUGGUCUUGAUCGAAAGUGACUUGAAGUUCCCAAACUGUCCUGAAUGUGCUUGUCAAACAGAGCCUGUGGAGGACACAAUCAGCAUGAAUCUUGUUCAAGACAAGCUAUUGAAUGUUUCAGCUACAAGCUCCUUUAGCAGUGUAUUGGAUACCCCAGCUCAAUUGAAUAAUCAGUUCUUUUUCCCCGAUUCAUCUGUUAAUACUGUCACUCCAAUAGAUUUUGAGCAGUCAAAAAGUGCCAAUACUUUAUGUGUUUUCCCUGAAUUCGGCGACAGUAGCAGAGGUUACAAGUCAUUGGAGACCCCAAGAGAUCGUGCCAUAGAUACUCUUCUUUCGCCACCAGCUUUGUUCAAGAGUAGCUUCUAUUCAAAGGAAGUCUCCCCCCUUGCUGCCGAUUACCCUGACACGUUGACCAAUCGAAACCAAAUUUUCAAGGAACUCUCUUCUCCACAGCUUAAGAUUGUUCCAAUCAUUGACAAGAUUACAAUCAACGAUGUCGACCCAACCUUUGAGUUAGAUUGCACGGUUUCGAUUAAAGGACCAUACCAAUCUUCAAUCCGAGAUCUUUCCGAUCUGGAACUUCAAACAAAGGGAGACAUUCAAACUGACAUUCUGAAUACCAUCGGUUCCUCCAUCGAUGAACCAUUAGGAACGCUAUUACUUUUUGAUAUCUUCCAGGUAGGCGUAGACGAAUCUGAGUGGAGUGAGCUUCUUAUUGUCUUUUUUGAGAGAAUGCUGAUUACAAUGGAUAUAAAGGGAAAACAGGUGGUAGGAAAAGUAGCUGUUGAUACUAUCUCUUCCAUUACAAGUCAAAUGGAAGACACCAUCAUUUUGAACCUUACUCUUUUAUCUCUACCGGAACUAAUAUUGUACUCAAGGGAUAUGACAUUAAUUGACAAAUGGAAAAUAGUUUUGCAAAAAGCAUUGAAGAAGAUUGAUCAAUGUAUUCCUUUAAGGUCAUUGUCAUUGAACGGUUGGAGUUUUCUCGAGGACAAAUCAUUAGUUCCUAAUCUAGAAUCUCAAGACUUAUAUCAGCAAGUCAAAGAUCAAAUGCUGACUCACAUUUCUCUUGAACUCGACCUAAUUAUUUGUAUUCCCUUGAUCACCAAUCACCCGAAAGAACUACGAACUUUAUUUAAAACCCUUUUGUCUGCACUUCAAACUCAAAACGAAACAAUGAAUCAGAAAAAUAGAAUUGGCUUGGUACUUUUGGGGAAACGAAAAGCAAAUUUUGUAGGGUGCAUUGAUCCCGAAUGGGAAAAAUGGGAUGAAUACUUGAAUGAAAUACCGUUUUCAAAACCCAAAAAAUCCCAGUCAAGCAGUCUCUCCUCAAAAGAGCUCAAAAGAGUCCUUCAUUCCAUCUUUACUUGCAGUGAAAGGGAUGCCUUAGACCAUCGAUAUCUCAAAGAAAUUGUCCUUAUUGAUUAUUACGGAGAAGUUGAUAUAAACCUUAAUGCGAAGAUUUCCAAUUAUUUCCUGUUCAAAGAAACGCAGUCAUACAAUCCAAAUUAUGUUAACAAUGCAAUUAACCAGUAUUCCAUUGUCUUUUCUCAAACUUUUCAGGAGUUGGAGCAGAAAAUUCUGGAUUAUGUUUUGAUCCAACUCUCUGAACAAUAUUCAAGAAAGAUAUCUUUUGAAGUAGAAUUACCCGAAGACUAUGUUAAAGUAAAGGAAAUCCGCACCAUACGAUCCAUAUCAAAAGAGAAUACUCUCCAGAUUGAAGUUCAGAACCUUCAAUUCAACCGAGAAGUCCACGCGUUAAUGAAGUUUGAAAUUGAACUAUCCAAUUUGAAAAAGUCUCCUCAUUAUGUUUCCAUUCCACUUAUCAACCACCAGAUGGAAGAUGUAAACGUUCAGUUACGGUUUUCAUCAUCCCAAAUCCCUCAGUACCACCAUAACUAUUGUCAUUCUAAUCAUUCUAACGAAAUCUUAGAGAUUCCACUAAUCCAAGCUCCCCUUUCUCCAAAGAAGGACCCUUUAAUUCUCAGAAAACUAUUUGAAGAUUCUUUGCUAGAACAGCUGCUUCAAGGGAAACAACUAUCUUUUGACUCGGAUGAAAUGAACGCCUAUCGGAAAGUUCAUGGAGCAUCCAUAGAGACCAAUGGUCGGUUUGAAAUGCUUAAUCACUUGCUGGCCAAUUGA